AUGAAGCAGGAGGAGCUGGUUGAUCGUCUGGAGAAACAUAUUGCUGAAGUGUGUCAACGUGAACUUAAAUCUAGUCUGAAGGAGAAGUUCCAGUGUGUGUUUGAGGGGAUUGCUAAAGCAGGAAACUCAACUCUUCUGAAUGAGAUCUACACAGAGCUCUACAUCACAGAGGGAGAGACUGCAGAGGUCAAUGAUGAACAUGAGGUCAGACAGAUUGAAACAGCAUCCAGGAAGCUAGUCAGACCAGAAACAACCAUCAGACCAGGAGACAUCUUUAAAGCCUCACCUGGAAGACAUGGACCAAUCAGAAGAGUGAUGACAAAGGGAGUGGCUGGCAUUGGGAAAACAGUCUUAACACAGAAGUUCACUCUGGACUGGGCUGAAGACAAAGCCAACCAGGACAUCCACUUCACAUUUCCAUUGACUUUCAGAGAGCUGAAUGUGUUGAAAGAGAGAAAGUUCAGCUUGGUGGAACUUGUUCAUCACUUCUUCACUGAAACCAAAGAAGCAGGAAUCUGCAGCUUUGAAGAGUUCCAGGUUGUGUUCAUCUUUGACGGUCUGGAUGAGCGUCGACUUCCUCUGGACUUCCACAACACUGAGAUCCUGACUGAUGUUACAGGGUCCACCUCAGUGGAUGUGCUGCUGACAAACCUCAUCAGGGGGAAACUGCUUCCCUCUGCUCGCCUCUGGAUAACCACACGACCUGCAGCAGCCAAUCAGAUCCCUCCUGAGUGUGUUGACAUGGUGACAGAGGUCAGAGGGUUCACUGACCCCCAGAAGGAGGAGUACUUCAGGAAGAGAUUCAGAGAUGAGGAGCAGGCCAGCAGCAUCAUCUCCCACAUCAAGACAUCACGAAGCCUCCACAUCAUGUGUCACAUCCCAGUCUUCUGCUGGAUCUCUGCUACAGUUCUGGAGGAUGUGUUGAAAACCAGAGAGAGAGGAGAGCUGCCCAAGACCCUGACUGAGAUGUACAUCCACUUCCUGGUGGUUCAGACCAGAGUGAAGAAGGUCAAGUAUGAUGGAGGAUGUGAGACAGAUCCACACUGGAGUCCAGAGACCAGGGAGAUGAUUGAGUCUGUGGGAAAACUGUCUUUUGAUCAGCUGCUGAAAGGAAACCUGAUCUUCUAUGAAUCAGACCUGACAGAGUGUGGCAUCGAUAUCAGAGCAGCCUCAGUGUCCUCAGGAGUGUUGACACAGAUCUUUAAAGAGGAGAGAGGACUGUACCAGGACAAGGUGUUCUGCUUCGUCCAUCUGAGUGUUCAGGAGUUUCUGGCUGCAGUCUACAUGAUCCACUGUUACACCAACAGGAAGACAGAGGUGCUGGAGGACUUCCUGGGACAAAACUACAAUGACUCAACUCUGGAUGUCUUCCUGAACAGAGUCAUGGAGAAAUCCCUGCAGAGUAAAAAUGGUCAUCUGGACCUGAUGGUUCGCUUCCUUCAUGGCGUCUGUCUGCAGUCCAACCAGAGACUGUUAAAAGGUCUGCUGGGUCAGACACAGAUCAGUCCAGAAAUCACCCAGAGAGCCAUCAACAACCUGAAGAAGAUGACCAUGUUCAACAUUUCUCCUGAUAGAAACAUCAACAUCUUCCACUGUCUGAUGGAGAUGAAUGACCUCUCAGUUCAUCAGGAGAUCCAAGAGUUCCUGAAUUCAGAGAACAAAUCAGAGAAGAAACUCUCUGAGAUCCACUGCUCAGCUCUGGCCUACAUGCUGCAGAUGUCAGAGGAGGUUCUGGAUGAGUUAAACCUGAAGAAGUACAACACAUCAUGGUGGGGACGAUGGAGACUGAUUCCAGCUGUGAGGAACUGCAGAAAGGCUCAAUUUUCUGACUGUGGACUCUUAGAGAGUCACUGUGAAGUUGUGGCCUCAGCUCUAAACUCAUCAAAUUGA